AUGGAGGAUUACUCCCCUAUUUGGUCUGUUCCUGGAAGGAGUAGCCAAAUUCCUGAAAUUUUGUUCAGGAGGAAUUUCUUCAUUAUUGUUGUGAUCAACCAUAUUUUUAAAAAUUUCUUCCCUGAGGUUUCUUCUUCUGUGAAAGGUACGUUCUGGUUCAGGAUCAAAGAAAAACUCAGGUCUGUACUGGGAAACUUGGAUACCAGUUCUUGUGCUGGGAAACUAGGAUACCAUGCCUUUGCACUGAAAGAUCUUGGCCAUCUCCAUUAUUUUCUCGGAAUUGAAGCUACCAAAACAACAAUAGGAGGUUAUCAUCUUCAUCAGUCCAAAUAUAUCUUGGAUCUGCUCAAGAAAGAAAAUAUGACAUACUACAAGUCCAUGCCAUCUCCCAUGGUGUCAAGUGUCAAACUGUUAUCUCACGAUGGCUCUCCUCAUCCUGAUCCUACUCAAUACCGUUCCAUAGUUGGUGCUCUUCAAUAUGCUUCCAUUACCAGACAUGAUAUCACAUUCAGUGUAAAUAAAGUAUGUCAGUUCAUGCAUGCACCACUUGACACACACUGGAAAACAGUCAAACGUAUUCUUCGUUACCUUAGUGGCACAGUGUCGCAUGGCUUUACAAUUAAUCCCUCUAACAAUUUUCACUUAGCAGCUUAUUGUGAUUAUGACUGGGACUCAGAUCUGGAUCAUCGUCGCUCAACUAGUGGAUUCUGCAUUUUUCUUGGAUCUAAUCUUGUCACUUGGUCUUCGAAAAAGCAACUUGUUGUCAACCGUUCGAGUACUGAAGCUGAAUAUCGUUGUCUAGCUUCCACUGUUGCUGAGCUCAUAUGGAUACAAUCCUUACUUUCAGAACUUCAAAUUAGAAUUACUCGACCUCCCACAGUGUAUUGUGAUAAUCUCUCUGCAGUUCUUCUCACUGCCAAUCCUAUUUUUCACUCUCAUACCAAGCAUUUUGAGCUUGAUCUUCACUUUGUCUGUGAGAAAGUGAUGGCUAAAACCAUUUUUGUUCAUCAUGUUCCAGCUCGAGAUCAACUGGCAUAUGGGCUUACUAAAGCUGUGCCCAAAUCAAUAUUUGCUGAUUUCAAGUCCAAGCUUCGGGUCUCUAAUUUCAAGCCCACUCUGCUUGUGGGGGGAUGA